CGCCGGUGAGACGCGGGUGAGGAGACACGCUGGUGGGGACGCCGAGGAGCCCUUAACACACUACAAUUCUUCUUCCCAUCCAAUUGCCAGCGGCUGGUGAAGAAGGAAUACUGAACGGAAGAAACCGUACACGGGACAAAGACAUAACAACUACGAUCUGGAAGAGAUUAAAGAUCUCUAACCUUCAUGUCAGGUCUGGAAACUCGACACCGCACAUAUGCUCGAGCUACUGCAAACUUGGAGACUACAGAAGACGCCCCACAGGAAGAACUGCUGACAUUGGAGCAACAAGUGGUGGGCAUUCUGCACACGACAGAGAAAAACAGCAGAAUGGCAACCAUAUCUGAGAAAUACCUGGACUUCGUGCACGAGCCGAUGGAGGACAAGCCGGUGACGGCCCUGCCGGGCAUCGGGGAGACGCUGGGCCAGAAUCUGAGGGCCCGGGGCUUCAUCAGGGCCUCCGCGGUUCUGGGUCAGUUCCUUCAGAGGGACCCGGAGAAGUUCAAGACCUGGCUGAAGAAAGCCAUCGGCGCCAACGCCUACCAGGCCAACUGCUGCACUCGGGCCCUGGAAGAGUGGUGCGAUAUCUUCCUCUGAGGCCGCUCUGCUGUGCUUCUGGGACCCGGGAUCUGGUCGUGGUUCCGGGAGUUUGCAGCACCUCCUGCAGCGUUCAGUUAUUCUGCUCCUCACCGGUGGAACAAACUUCCUGUAGACCUGAGGUCUGCUGCAACUGUCAGCUCCUUUAAAUCGGGCCUAAAAACAUUACUGGCUAAUUGAAUACUUACCUGCUGUACUCUACUGCCCUUAUUGCCUAAAAUCUGCUGCUUUUAUUAUUUUAUCUCUUUUCUUAUCAUUUUAUUUCAUUUAUUUGUUAUUUAAGCGUACUCUUUAAUUAAAUACUUUCUGAAAACCGCACGUGAGAUGUACCUGCUGGAUCUACUGCCUUAGUUUUCAGCAACUUUUGCUUUUUAUUAUUUUACCUUCUUUUCUCAUAAUUUUAUUUCAUUUUAUUUGUUAUUUACUGUCUAAUUAUGUCUUGCCGCUUUUAAUGUCGAUGUAAAGCACUUUGAAUUACCUUGUGCUGAAUUGUGCUAUACAAAUAAACUUGCCUUGCCUAA